UCUCUCUUUCUUCCUUAAUUAAUUCCUCUCCAAGUAUAUAUUAUUGGAUGAUAUUUUAUGAGUAAAUAAAGAAAUAUAUACAUAAACACAAACAAACAACACAUCUCUACUCAUGCUAUAUAUAUUUUAGUCUUCUUUGAAAGAGAAAAAUUCGGGUACGUUUAUAUACGCAUGCAAGAAAUGACGGAUAUUGAAAGAGUGUGUUGUAUGUGUGGCGACGUCGGCUUUCCGGACAAGAUUUACCGAUGCAUCAAGUGUCACCAUCGUUUCCAGCACUCGUAUUGUAGCAACUACUACAGUGAAGCAUCAAAGGAACUAUGUGAGUGGUGCCAAACAGAUGAAAUGAAAAGCUCCAAACACUCAGCUGGUUCGUCCAAGAAACCGAAACUGGAAGCCGGAAUAAUCAGCAACCGAUCACAAUAUUCUGGUGACAAGAUCAAGCAGCAAGCUGGGCGUGAAGAGGCGGUUGGUAAUUCGGAGAAAAUGAAGUCACCCACCGCCGGAUCUCCUUCUCCUAGGACUAAAAGGUAUAAGCUCCUCAAGGACGUCAUGUGUUAAUUAAAAUCUAUCUAUCUAUAUACAUAAAUCAUGAAUAUAAUAAUUAGAAAUUAAUAAAGACAAAAGAGAGAGACGUACGUGGCCGGGGCGAGGGUGCCAGAAUAGAGGGCUUUGUUUGUUAUAUUUUUUAAGUACUAGGAAUGUAAUAAAUUAUACACAAAUGAUUAUGUUAUGUAAUGAAAUACUCGAGUGUUUAUUGUAUGCAAUGAACUUUCAAAUCCUGGUUAUUGAAUGUAUUAAUUUGGGUAUAUGUGGCUACCAUAUAAGCCACCACUUGUAAAUUUUUUUGAUUGGUCAGAUACAUCCAAUAACCGGGAUUUGAAAGUUCAUUGCAUACAAUAAACAUCCGAGUAGUUCAUUACACAACAUAAACAUUUGUGUAUAGUUCAUUACAUUCCCAAGUACUUAUCCCUUUUUAAUAUACAUCGAACUCUCGCAAAAAUAUGCAAAAGUAAUCUUCGUUUGAAAAGUACGUACGUGCGUGGUGUCGUGCUUUUGUUUUUGUACGUGAUGUAUAUAUGGUCCUCCAUAACUUUGUUUUAUGAUCUUUCUCUUUCAAAUAUAUAUGCAUGCAUUAUUAA